UUUCCUUUACUUUUCUAAAUGACAGUUGACCAACUCAAUCCCGCUUCGGCCAUGCGUAGGAGGAAGUCUGCUGUGUCCAUUCCCUCCGUUAUUGCUAUACCUCCUACCCCUGUUUCCGCGUCUGACAUAGACCCCACCGAACUGUUGGUACCUGAAUCCCCAGUCUCUAUUCAACCUUCUCUAGACAAGAUCCCGCUGGCAGUCACUGCUAAAGAAGACAAGCUACUAUCCCCAACUACUGCUGAUGACACUCUUUCCAUCACGCCAUCACAACGUAGUCAUUUUAAGUCGCCUUCCGCUUCUCAUAUCUUAGGAAAACUCAAAAAGAAACGAUCGCGGUCAGGCUCCAUGUCUUCACAGCGAUCGGAUGUGUCCGAGCAUCAAGUGGACGCAGCGCUGAAUGAACAGCUCAUAGACGAUUUAAAAGUCCACUAUGCACACUUGGGUAAACAUGUAAAGGAUGUCCGUAUAGUUCCACCACCUCUUCAACCACCCAAACUAUCAUCAUUUCAAUCUGCUGACGAAAAUGGGAAGACAGUCACCAAUUGGUCAGGUUACGCUCAAGCUCGUGUACAACACAUCAUCGACUCAGCUGUCAGCAACAAGGUGGACGAUGCCACUGAACCCUUCUCCAUUUCAAAGCUUAGAAGUAAUGCUGAGCGAAUGUAUAUAGUGACUGAACCACUCCAUCCCUGGGCGCUUUGGUUGAGGAAGCUUUAUAGAUGGGAAAACAAAGUGGAGACUGGCUUCUGGUUAUGGGUGUACACAGGUCUAUGGUAUUACGAUAUGAUCCUUCCAUUCAUCUGUGGCAUAGCAGUAUGGGUCCUUAUGUACCACCGAGUUAAUAUUGCCUCAUUUCGCUGGGACGCUCUCAUGACAGAUGAUAUCGCCAUGCCUGUCAUCGAAAAAGAACAGCCAGUCGAGAAGCAUUGGAGGAGAUUUCGAAGAAAGAACACUCCACGCACCGGAUAUGCAGCACUGGAGAAGAAAUCUUUAUCGGCAUGGCGGGCCGAUAUAUACGACAAAUAUGGUCCAAAAGCGCAGAUGAUAAUGACAGAUGCUGUGGAUAAGUUGGAAAUGACGCGCAACUUGGUGACUUGGAAGCGGCCAUACAAAUCACGUUUGUUGCUACUAUUCUUUAUAUGCAGCGGCGUGGCUUUUGCCAUCUUGCCCACAAGAUUUCAGAUCAAAUGGAUCUUUUUCAUGGUUGGAAUCGAGUUCUUCGUCCUCAUGUCUCUCCGAUCACAUUAUCCACGAUACCGUCGUCUUUUCAGCAUCAUUGAAUGGUUUUUGUGGGACGUACCCAACGACAGCGAGUUUGCCAUGGAAAUCAUUCGAAAGCGACACAGAAGUGCAGAUUUGGAUCACGAGGAAUUUGCAACUCAAUUACGUGCUUCUAGUCUGUUAUCAGAUCGAAAAUUGGAGGAUUCUGACGUUGAUUCAAUCGAUACUGAAAGUAUUACCCCACCACAGCCCACGGCAUCCGGAAACAUAUCACCUAAGCGGCCAAGCUCCAUUAGCCUCCCAGAACAUCGGUUGGUGGAUGGUGCUGGAGUCCCUAUACCACUAGGGCCGUCCAAUGGAAUGGAGACUGAACAUAUCGGCGGUUUGGGCGUGCAAGAUAGCAGCGAUGACAAUAAUAUGUCUCCACCCUCCCUUUCCAAAGUCACUCUCAUGUCCAAGCUCAGCAAAAUUACCUCUAUCGGCAGUGUAGUGGAUGCCAACUGGAGAGCAACCUAUAAGGCAAUACCAGGGCGAGUCAUCCUCGCUGGUGGUAUGCUGCAAUUUCGUACAACCCGUGUAGCUGGUGCUAAGAUUCUGAUUGACUACGAUACCGACGAUAUUGUACGUCUUCGUAAAACAAAGAGUAUUGAUCUUAUGCUUUGGCAUACCAACGGUCUUUCGAUAGAUAUGAAUGAUGGAGAGACGAUACAUUUUGAAAAUGUCAUGAAGCGCGACGACUGCUUCAAUGCCCUUUUGGCUGCUUCCGGCAAGAAGCUGAAAAGAUUUUAAUUAUCUCCCCCCCCCGACGUACUGUAGCUCAGAAUACCCCUUUCAACUCAUAAGACUACCGUACAUCGAAGAUUUGUAAUUAUAACACUAUUUCCAUGCGAUUAAUGUAGAAUAUUUCUUUGUAGAAGAUAAUAAAAUAUGGAAUAUCUUUGUUUUGGCAGAAUA